AUGGAUCUUGGAAUCAUCUACCACAUCGAAAAUGCUCCUCAAUUCUGGGCAGAAUUGGAAGAAAUCCUCGACGUCGACUCCAAGGCCCACCUGAGUCGGAUAGACAACGCAUUGAGAACAUUCGUAUCAUUCUGCACUCAAUAUCACGAGCUGUACCUCCAGACCAGCCUCCAGCUGGAGCAUGCUUGCUCGUUAUUACUGGAAUCAGACAUCUUCUCAUGGCACUCGGAACGUCUUAGCGAGAUCCUUCUCUCGACAGCUGCAAAUGAUACAAACCCACACUGCGAGCUGAUCGUGCAUUCGACCUUGCUCAUAUAUGGGAGGAAGAAUCCCGCGUUUCUACGAUCGAAACAAAAGUGGAAGCCCAUCUUUCCGAUCCUCAUGGACCACGUGAUGGUCGAAAUGGACGACGACUUUGGCGGAAACGUCGACCUGGGACGCGGUCCUGCUCUCGCAAGCGGUCUCGGUGUCCCAAUCGAGGCGCGGCUACGAUCUCUUGCCAUUGGCAUCCUCUACGAGGCAUGUAGAGUUCAAAAGUUUGACGCUCAAGAUCUCCUCAUGUUUGACGACACGUUCAUCGAGCGACUGUUCGACCUGGUGGAGCUGACCAGAAAUGUCGACGACGAAUCGCUCAACUACUCGGUCAUAAAGCUUAUCGUAGCGUUGAACGAGCAGUAUAUGGUUGCUGCUAUGCCGGUUCCAGCGAUUGAUUCACAAUCUGGAAAACGAAAAAAGGAGAGAAAGCAAGGCUCUAACAAGAUCUUGGAUGUUCUAUUACGCCGCGUACACUCUAGCAAGACUUUCGGCGAAAAUCUCAUCUUUAUGCUCAACCGGGCGAACGAUACAGAGGAGGAUCUUGUGAUGCAGCUUUUAUUGUUGAAGAUUCUCUAUCUCCUUUUCACGACACCGGGAACCCAAAAUUACUUCUACACCAAUGAUUUACGGGUCCUGGUCGAUGUCUUCCUGCGGGAGUUGGUGGACUUACCAGAAGAGAGCGAGGCUCUACGUCACACCUAUCUUCGAGUACUUAACCCACUCCUCAACAAUACUCAGCUGAAGGAAAUGCCCUACAAGGGGCCGCUCAUCCGACGCACACUUCAGGGAUUGAUCUCACCCAACAAUAUUCGAGAAGUCACACCAACGACUAGAAGGCUGGUCGAGCGGUGUCUAAAUGCGGAGUGGUGUCAAGCACUUCCUGCGGAAACCGAAGCUGUCUUACCUUCGACUGCCAAAUCAAACCUUCCUGCCCAUAUCAAUGUCGUCAGCAUGUCAUUCACUAACUCUCACUCUCACUCUUCUGUCCACCUUCCCUCUACAUCUCUCUCCGAAGAGUUCGUUCUUGAACCGCCUCAACCAGCCUUUCGAUUCAAGACUCUCCAGAAGAGCUUGAGUGCUGAGGUUUUGGCUGCUUCUUCCGUAGGAGUACAGUCAUCUGAAGUGACAAAUGAUGAACCCUCACCGCUCAAAAACGAGUCACGGCCCUCUCCUUUGAGACAGCCGUCAACUGCGAAGCCGAGCCCACUAGGUGAAGCAAGAAAGCCGCUCAGUAAUGGAGUAGGGCUGAACGGCACAAAGUCACCAUCGCUGGUAUUCUCCUCUGGAGAUGAAGCAGAGCCGUCGAUGGCGGUUCACCAAACCCAACUACCUCCGGCCAAUGGUGCGAAGGCGAAUGGCUCCAGCAGCAUUCACAGUGCUAGGAGACCAUCGUUGGGCAAUGCUGAUAUUCCUCGGGCGAGGAAGCCACCGCCGCCCGUUCCGACACUGGAUCGCGCUAGCCUGGAUUCGAAACGUCCACCCCGAAUGGCAGAGCCAGCGCCACUCGUUCAUCGACGGGAACCACCAGCGAUACCGAGUAAGUCGAAGAAGCCGAAAUCCAAAGGAAACAUUUCGGACUCGCCACUAUCAAAGCUUGCAUACUCUGCAACGACUGUGGCCAGGUAG